UCUAUAAAUGAAUCAAAUCAGUCGCUGAAAUUACAAAUAAAUCAAACUUCAUUUUUCCAUAGAGAGAGAAAAAUGAAGCUUGAAGUUGAAGUAAUCUCAAAGGAGUUUGUCAGACCUUCUUCUCCGACGCCGGAAAAUCUCCGCCGUUACAAAUUCUCCUUCCUCGACCAAGUCACCGCCGAUGUCUACAAUCCCAUGGUCUAUUUCUACGAAGCGCUCGACGGCGGUCCAAAUUUCAACGCCGUCGAAAUUAAAAACCGCCUCAAAAACUCCCUCUCCCAGGUCUUGUCGAGCUACUAUCCCCUCGCCGGCCGACACCACAACGACGCCGAUUCUUUCAUCGAUUGCAACGACGAUGGCGUUCCUUUCCUGGAAGCACGCGUCAAAUCCAACCUCUACGACGUCGUUCGCCACUCCUCUCCCGCGGAUCUCAACGACCUCCUCCCCUUCCAGUUGGAUCAACUCAACGAAAUUUCCAUGGGCGUUCAAUUUAACGUGUUCGAAUUGGGCGGAAUCGCCCUCGCGAUUUGCGUGUCGCACAAAAUUGCCGACGCUCUGUCGUUUUUCUCCGUCGUGAACGGCUGGGCGGUGGCCGCACGCGGCGCAUCGGAGGCUCUCGGGCGGCCUCAUAUUGCGGCGGCGAAGCUGUUCCCGCCGAGGAACGUGUCUCUGUACAAUACGCGGAACAGCAUCGUGAGAGAUAGAGUUGCGAGGAGGUUCGUUCUAGAAGGUUCGAAGGUGGAAGCCAUUAGAGCGAAAUACGCCGACAGCGCCGCCAUGGAAGGCCAGAGACGUCCUUCCAGAGUUGAGGCCUUAUCAGCUUUCAUUUACAGCCGCUUCCUCGCCGCCAUCAAUCACGAAUCCGGAGCUCAACCUGAUCGAUUAUUCCUAGUGUGCCAUACGGUGAACAUACGCCAGAAACUAGAGCCGCCGCUUCCCCAAGACGCGUUCGGAAAUUAUUACAGAACCGCCCUGACCCUCCCCUCCCCCGAAACAUUGACCGACGACAACUGCUCCGGCCUUGUCAACGAGGUUAGACAUCAGAUCGCCAAAAUCGACGCCGAGUUUCUGCGGCAGUUCCAAGAAGAGAACGCGCAAUUGGAGACCAUCAAGGCCACGUCAGCGAGGUUCAUGAAAGGAGAGAUCGUGUCGUUCGCCUUAACCAGCCUCUGCCGAUUUCCUCUGUACGACGCCGAUUUCGGGUGGGGAAAGCCGGCGUGGGCGGCCUCGCCGGCGCUGCCUUUCAAAAACCUCGUCGUUUUGAUGGACGCGAAGUCCGGCGACGGCGCCAUUGACGCUGUCGUCCAUUUGAACGAACCGCACAUGGCUAAGCUGGAAGCCGACGAGGAGUUUCUCAAGUUUGCUUCCCCAACUGCUUCUUCCGCUGAUUAAAUUCCAAUGGUUUUCGUUAAUUUGUGGUUUGUUAUAUUAUAUUAUAUUUAUGUCUAUAUUGUAAUUUUUUUUUUAAAUGUAAUCUUUCUUCCAUGUCAUCCUUGCAUCAAUUCCA